AGGUCCUCCCUCUCCCCCUCCUCCUCCUUCGGCUCCUCUUCCUCGGGGGACUCAGUUCCCCGCUCCGGCUAGGGAGGCUCCGCCAGGCACUGCAAGAGUCACAGAGGAUGAGACCUGUCACCUGCCUGUGAAGAGGGGAAUCCCUGCAACCUCAAACUUCUGUAGCAGGUGGUUUCCUCCUGUGGCUGGGGGAACCUUAGAGGCAGAACCCAGAAGUACGAUGGCCUCCGACCUCGAGAGCAGCCUCACCUCCAUAGACUGGCUGCCCCAGCUGACUCUCCGAGCUACUAUUGAGAAGCUUGGGAGUGCUUCUCAGGCUGGACCUCCAGGGGGCAGCCGAAAGUGUUCCCCAGGCUCUCCCACGGAUCCUAAUGCCACCCUCAGCAAAGAUGAGGCAGCAGUCCACCAAGAUGGCAAGCCACGGUACAGCUACGCCACCCUCAUCACUUAUGCCAUCAACUCUUCUCCAGCCAAGAAGAUGACCCUCAGUGAGAUUUACCGAUGGAUCUGCGAUAACUUCCCCUAUUACAAGAAUGCUGGCAUUGGUUGGAAGAAUUCCAUACGACACAACCUUUCUCUUAACAAGUGCUUCCGGAAGGUGCCCAGACCUCGAGAUGACCCCGGGAAGGGCUCUUACUGGACAAUUGACACCUGCCCUGACAUUUCCCGGAAGAGAAAACACCCUCCAGAUGAUGAUCUAUCCCAAGACUCUCCGGAACAGGAGGUCAGCAAAAGCCCCCGGGGAGGUGUCGCAGGGAGUGGAGAAACCUCGCUGCCUCAUGAGGGGAACCCUCAGAUGUCACUGCAGAGCCCCUCCUCCAUGGCCAGCUACAGCCAGGGCCCAGGGUCUGUGGAUGGUGGAGCAGUGGCAGCAGGGGCUCCCGGCCGAGAAAGCACAGAGGGUGCCCCUCCCCUCUACAACACCAACCAUGACUUCAAAUUCUCCUACUCAGAGAUCAACUUCCAGGACCUAAGCUGGUCCUUCCGCAACCUCUACAAGUCCAUGCUGGAGAGGUCCUCCUCCUCACAGCACGCAGCAGCAGCAACAGCAGCCGCCGCCGCCGCCGCCCCAACAGUCACAGCCACAGCAGCCGCAGGCACCAACUCAGGGCCCCUCAACUGUAGGGGGUGCCCCUCCACUGCACACCCCAAGCCCCGAUGGUUGUACUGCACCAGGGGGAAAACAAGCCGGAGCUGAAGGCUACGGCCCCCCCGCUGUGAUGGCCAUGCACCCUCCCCCGCUGCAGCACGGAGGCUACCACCCUCAUCAGCACCACGCCCACUCCCACCCGGCCCAGCAGCCGCCGCCGCAGCAAGCACAGAGCCAGGCGCCCAUCAACAGCACUGGCUUUGCCUUUCCUCCAGACUGGUGCUCCAGUAUUGACUCCUUAAAGGAAAGCUUCAAGAUGGUGAACCGGCUCAACUGGUCCAGCAUCGAGCAGUCCCAGUUCUCAGAGCUGAUGGAGAGUCUACGGCAGGCAGAGCAGAAGAACUGGACCCUCGACCAGCAUCACAUUGCCAAUUUGUGUGACUCCCUCAACCACUUCCUCACCCAGACUGGCCACCUGCCCCCACAAGGGGGCUCCCACCGGCCACCUGCCCCUGCCCGCAUCACUGACUCCUGUGCUCUCACCAGUGGCAAACCAGAGCCAUCCAUGAACCAAGUGAACUCUUACGGGCAUCCACCAGCUCCCCAUCUCUACCCUGGCCCAGCACCAAUGUACCCAAUCUCCACCCAGGACACAGCAGGAUACAGUCGCCCAGCGCACCACAUGGUUCCUCGGCCACCUGUCCCACCUCCCGGUGCCAAUGAGGAGAUCGCUGAUGACUUCGACUGGGACUUGAUCACUUAAAGAAUCAGAGUGGACAGCAGCCCAAGGCCUGGUGGUGAAUUCUCGCCACGGGGGAAGAACAGUCCCCGCCCCGCGCAUCCUCCCCAGACCUGUAUAUAGAUACAUAGCUUCUUAAUGUUCUCUCUGUCAGAGAGAACACCGCAAGAUGCUGCCGAAGAUAGUCCCUUCCUUCCUCGUUCUCUUUCCUUCCUAGUUCUUUCAUUAUUAUUCUAAUUAUAUUAUUAUUAUUAUUAUUGGUUAUCUACUGCCCAGUCUACUGUCCCUUACCAUGGGCUAUGUCCUCCUCUUUUCUAUUUGAAAUCUUCCAGCUGCAAGAUGAGGCCAUGAUAGUUUAGAGAAAGGUUUCAAAUUCUAGUUCACCUUUCUCUCUAAGAAACUCAAUGCUACUCCCACCUUUCAGCUCUAAAUUGUGUUCUGUUCCUGCUGGAGAGGUCUCAGCAGGCAGAUUGGGGGGGGGGUCUAAGACACUGCUUGGCAGCCAUGACUUCACAGGUUUUACUCAAUGGUGCUAAUUGUGUCCUCUGAACUCUUCCUUUAUGCACCCCGUCUUUAUUCUUCUGGCAGUCCUCAUUCCCCAUAAAGGGUGGGCUUGGACAGCUGAGUUGAGUAGAAAGCCCUGGAGAAGUGAUUGGAUAUAAAUCAGCAUGAGGUUAGGUGUGCACUGCCGUGUCAAGGCAUCCCUGGCUUCCUCCUAGCUAAUGCUCUCAGGUUAGCAUGAGGACCACUGUUCAUCAUAGGUUCGGUCUCUUGGAAACACUUCCAAUUGAAUGUAUUUGGUUUUGGAAAAAGAAUUCUUUUUGAGAAUGAACUGUGGCUAUGACUCAACAUGUAAGUUAUCUUCCAUCUUUUCCCCUUCAGCAAAUACUCUUUUGUCUUCCUAGAGCUGUUUGUCCAAAUCAUCCACCUGUCUUGCUUUUUUCCCGUUUUCUGGGAUUCUCAAAUGACACAAGGAAGCCACUCUCAUUCUGGGUUUCUUUAUGUCCUAGGCAUGCUGUGGAAACCUUUCCCACCUUCUCAGCUGACUCAUUCCCGUGGUAUUGCUGAUAGGAAGGAAGGAGGGGAGGAGAAAGGGAUUGGCAGGGAAUGUGUCAUUUGUUUAGCUACACAGGGAGUGAAUGCAUCGCUUGAAAUCCCUGUUGGUGUGGUUGAAGCUUUUGCUUUUGACAGGCAAUGAAAGUUUUAAGAGGGAAAUUAAUAUAGACAGGAUUCGGAGAGGGCAAGGGGCACUCCUGGGCACAGGGGCAUGUAAUCUCAAUUAACCAUAAGUGGCCAGGACUAAUUUGCUGCAGAGUUCUUAGUGAAUGUUUGUUGAAUUUGGCUUAAGAGAGGGAAGACCAAGUUUACUUCCAUUUUUCUGAAAUGGAUAAAAUACAUAGUUUAGACAAGGCCAGUCUCUUUGUGGUUUCUGACUUUUGUUCAUUUUCUUUUAUUAUUCCAAGAUAUUGGGCUUCCCAUUCUGAUUUCCCUAUCACCAACCCCAUUCCUUUCUUUAGAAGGGGGUUAAAGUAUGAGAUAGUUGAAGCCCAGUGAGGCUAAGUAAAGGGGCAGUUCACUAAAGAGCACUUUAUUUCUUUUGAAGCCUUUGUAAGGAAAAAAAGAGGGGUAUAAGAAAAAAAACAAGUGCCCUCCAACACAAUGGGAUAUUGUAUUGGAGAGCACUUGGUGGGGUUGAAGUAUGAUGCAAUAUUUCCCACUGGGGAAAGGAGUGUUUCUCUAGAGGGUGGCACAGCCUUUGCCUGGUACCCAGUUAGACAUUUCCUUUUUCCUUCCCUUCCGGUGUAUUCUACGCAGCUUCCCUUUGGUUCUCGUCAACAUCUUGUCUUUGCAGAGUAACACUCCUCUUUUCUCAGCACCUUUCCUGGUUAGAUCUGUAUAAGGUUGGGAAGGGUAGGCUGAGUCAUACUCCUAAAUGCCCCGGUCUCCUCCACGUCUUGAGAUCCAGUCUCACGAAGGGCCCGCCCACCAUGGGCAGCCAGAGCUGCUGAAGUGUGGGGCUGGGGUCUGGCCUUAGGCCCCCUGAUGAUCCAACCCUUCUCCACCAGGCUUAGGCUUGCAAAAUGGCACAGGACAAACUUGAUUCCCUUUGGGCCUCAGUUUCCCAUCCCCUCCAUGAAGUGGAAAGAAAACUACUUUAUUUUGUUGGUCCAGUGUUGCUGGACAUGAAGUUUUGUCAUUGUUGUUGUCUUGGGUGAUGUGUGCAAAAUUGUAGGAGUCACUGCCUAUCAGAGGAAAUAAGGGAAAAAGCAGAGGAGGAGGGCAAAAGGAGAGGUCAUUUGGUAUUGAUCCACCUAUCCUAGGCUUCCUCUCCUCAACUCCCAUGUUUCUGGUUUGGUGAGUUCUUUAUACCACCCUUAAUGCUUUGCAUUGGUGCAGGCUGGGAAGAGGGUGUAUAGGCUCACAACUUGAUUUUUUUUUUUUUUUGCAUGCUUUCUUAAUAAAAAAAAAAAAAA